AUGACCGAUAGCAAAGCUCAAGAGGGCAAAAAGCCUCAAUUGCUCGUGGUAUCCAACCGUCUUCCAUUAUCUCUAAAACGAACUGAUUCGGGCAAAUACGAGGCGUCAACAUCCAGUGGUGGGCUGGUAACUAGCCUAAGCGGAAUAUCAGAAUCGAUUGGAUUUCAAUGGUUUGGAUGGACUGGCCUAGAAGUGCCAGAAGAGGAACAGGAAGAUGUUCGAAAAUUGCUCGCGAAGCAAGGCGCGGUGCCGGUUUUCCUGGAUGAAGAGCUGGCGGAGAAUCAUUACAAUGGGUUUUCAAACUCCAUCCUAUGGCCGGUACUGCAUUAUCAGCCCGGAAUUCAGAACUUUAACGAGAGUUGGUGGCAUGCAUAUCGCGAUGUCAACCGCAAGUUUGCGAAAAUUGUCGCCGAAGCCACGUCUGAUGGUGAUAUAGUCUGGGUCCAUGAUUAUCACUUGAUGCUCUUGCCCAGCAUGCUGCGAGAAGAAUUUGCCAAACAGGGUAAAAAGUCAGUGAGAAUUGGAUUCUCUCUGCACACUCCAUUCCCUGCGGCAGAAGUGUAUCGGGCCCUUCCCACGAACCUUGAGACGUUAGAUGGAGUGAUGAGUAGUGACUUGGUCGGCUUCCAUACGGAUGCCUAUGCCGGGCACUUUGCGGAGGCCUGUUCCCAAUUGCUGGACGCUUCAAAGGACGGCUUAACCCUUCGUUACAAGGACCGAACAGUUCAGGUGGGAAAGUUCAUUGUCGGCAUAGACCCAAUCCGCUUCUCCGACGCAUUGAAAUCAGAAGCUGUCCAGAACCGAAUCGCCGAACUUGACGAUAAAUACAAGGGGAUCAAGAGGAUUGUUGGAGUUGAUAGGUUGGAUUAUAUCAAAGGAUUGCCCGAGAAACUGCGCGGUUUCCAAGAAUUCCUUCGUGAGCAUCCGGAAUGGGUUGGGAAAAUUGUCCUGAUCCAGAUUGCGGUGCCCAGCCGUGAAGAUGUCCCUGAAUACCAGGAGCUAGAGGCAGAGAUAUAUAAGCUUGUGGGAAUGGUUAACGGCGAAUUUGGGAAACCCGACUAUGCGCCAGUCAUGUUUGUUCACCGGUCCAUUCCUUUCGAAGAGCUCACAGCUUUAUACGCCGCGUCCGACGUAUGUCUCCUUACCUCCACCAGAGACGGCAUGAACCUCGUGGCCUUAGAAUAUAUAGCCUGCCAGCAAAAAAGACAUGGCGUACUAGCAGUUUCCGAAUUCGCCGGGGUAUCUUCGUACCUAGAAGGUGGUGUGAAAUUCAAUCCUUUCAACUCCAGUGAGGUAGCGAGGGCGAUUCGUGUGGCAGCGACCAUGGACGAAAAGCGGCGAGAGGAAGAAUAUAAGCGGCUCAUUGAGUUUAUAGAGACUCAUACAAGCACCCAUUGGGGCAAGGGCCGGAUAUAUAGAGAAGGGAAGAUAACUAUGGCUGCAGAAGCACAGGUCCAGCUGAAAAAUUUCGGGAGCAUUUUCUCUCUUGAAGGGAAGGUUGCUGUUGUCACUGGGGGCUCGAGAGGACUGGGACUGCACGCUGCUAGCGGUUUACUCCAAGCUGGCUGCUCAAAGGUUUACAUCACCUCCAGAAAGGCGAAAGCUUGCGAUGAAGCUGUUGCUGCGCUCAACGCCUUGCCAAACAAAAGACCUGGUGCUCGAGCAUACUCUGUGCCAGCAGAUAGCUCCAAGGUGUCGGAUAUCGAACGCCUAGUGGCAGAAGUUAGCAAGACGACAGAUCAUGUUGAUAUCCUGUUUGCCAAUGCAGGAGCGACAUGGGGUGAGAAGUUUGACACACACCCCGAGCAUGCGUUCCAGAAAGUGAUGGACUUGAACGUUAAGAGUGUCUUUUACACGGUGCAAAAGUUUGCGCCAUUGCUCGAAAAGUCUGCCACCGUCGAAGCCACAUCUCGAGUAAUAAUCACUGCAUCGGUUGCCGGAAUUGGUAUGGGUACUAUGGGCGACAAUGCUACGUUCAGCUACUCUACCUCCAAAGCCGCUGUCAUCCACCUGGCCAAGAACCUCGCUGUAGCUCUCGGGCCAAGGCAUAUCCUUACCAACGCAAUCGCGCCUGGAUUAUACCCGUCUAAAAUGGCAAACGAUAUGAUAAAGAUGCAGGGAGGCGCUAAGGCGAUGGCAGCGGAGACACCCAAUGGUAAACUUGGAGAGCCAGAGGAUAUUGCUGCGCUGGUCGUGUUCUUAGCUGGUAGGGGGGCGAACCAUAUCAAUGGCGCUGUCAUUACGACCGAUGGCGGUGCUGUGUUGAAGGGAAGGAUGUAA